AUUUCGGAUUUGAAAUUAAUUACCACGUUAAACGGUUAACGUUAAUGUCAACCCUGUUGUAAAAGUCUCACGCGUCAUUUGCGCCAUUUAUAGUAAUAAUCCGUUAUAAACGUGUGAUGAUCAGCCGCAAGGAUUAUUUAUUAAUUGUGGAAAUUUAGAAAUUUCGGAGAGGUGUAAAUUUCUUACAUAAUAAUUAUGGCGAAAAUCGUUGAUCUUGAACGGCUUGAAGACCAGUUAUACCACUAUCACCCGGAAUUGAGACUCGACAGUGAAGACUUGAAAUUAAAACGACGUAACAGGUUGUUUAUGCAACUACAAUCAAGUCAACCUAAAGUGCAGCUGGUUGCACUAGAUGCUGUUUCUUCACUUACAAACAUAAAGAGUAUGUUAGAAAAGUGUAAGGACGUUGUUCUUGAUUAUUCCCAUAUAAUUUCGUCGCCUGCCAUGUCUCUUAUUGAAUCUAGCGGUGAUGAGUAUUUAGGUACCCAAAGACCACGUCGUACGGCAACACGUAAACGAAGAAGCACAUCUAUCCAAUACAAUGGCUCUGAAGUAAGUAAAUCUCAGUGUGGCCGAAAAGAUGAUUCGCCGCUGUCGUUAUCUAUUUUAAUACCUCAAGUAGUAAAGGGUUCAGAGAAAAUGGAAAUUUCGAUUGACUUGGGGGAACUUGAUGCUUCUCAACGAUUAUUCGCUAGUCGUGUUGACGAAUUGUUGCGUAAACGAUCGAAUAGUAGCCACCAGAUAGAAGAUGCGCCCUCGAAAGAAAAUCUGAACAGCAAUAAAUGUAAAGAUUUGCAAUUGCCUAUAGCUACAUCAAGUACUAUGGAAACUAUUAAUGAAAAGCCAGAAGAUGCGAUGUUAUCACGUUUGAUUUCUCAAGUGCUUGUCGAAAAUCAUGAGACAGAAACUUUACAAGCCACCAAUCUACUUGAUAAUAUCAAUAAUAAUGAGCGCUGUAAUUAUAGGGCGGAUGUGCCUGAUUCUGUUGAUUCUUCUAAGGAGCAAUUAGCAAAGAAAAAACGCCAACGAAAACCGAAAAAAUCAUUACAUGUAGAAAAAGGACCACCGAAAAAACGUGGUCGAAAACCGAAAAACAAACCAGAGAAACAAAGUUGCUUAGAAAACGGGGAAACGGCUAAAAGCGACUUGGCUAAGUACGUUGAACUUUUUUCCAAUACAUGUAAUAUAGCAGGAUCUAUAACGCCUGCGGCUUCUUCAACAAUAUCGCAACAGUUAGUGACAUCCACGACUCAUUACUUGGAUUCGAGUGAUCAGCAACCAAUCACAUAUUAUCUUGAAGGUGAUUGGGAAAACGGUGGAAAUUGUCAACUUUUACAAACCGAUAAUACGCACAUUGAUGGUGGUCAAGAAGAAUUCAAUAUGGCAGAGUUGGUAAAUUACAUUGACAAUGUCGGCGAUGCUGGAAAUGCAAUUGCGCGGGUACUUGACGCCCCUGCUACCUUGCCUGUUUUGCGACAGGACUCACAAUCGCAAAGCAAUGCCAUAGUUCCGCCGCCAGCACACGUCUCCGAUGUAUUAUUGGAUUUAUCCAAAAAGUCUACAAUAUCUUAUAGUCAGAACGCAACAGAUAUUAAUAAUGUAGCGAUCGAAACUGACAAUCAGAAUCUAAUGCCUCUGGACUUGUCUUUAAAAUCAGCAAAACUAAUUCAAAAGUCCGUUCAGAACAACAAUAACAUAGCGCCUUUGGAAACUAAUUUUAAUAAUAAUUGUGCGGGAAAAUUAAACGAACCGACGGAGGGUGUCUUUGGUGCGCACGAUUAUGCUUCUUUUAGAGCAGCGCUAGACAUGCCUCUCAUUGACCUUGAAGAUAAUAUCAAUGCCUUUAUGCAAUUAACCAACAACGAAGCACAUACAUCAGCUUCUACAGCAGAAAAUACUACAACAGAUUGUGCAUUAUUAAUUAAGGACACUGCUAACAAUACACUACCGAUUUGUGACUUUGCACUCCGUGAAAUUCUUUCCGACACUACUUUAUGCAACAACAAUUACAAUCAGGACUCCCAAUAUAAUAGUAAAAUCAAUGAUUUAAAUUCGAACGUUGUAAAAAAUGGCGAAAGCGGUAACGCCGUAAAUCAAAGAAAAGUCAAUGAUAACGUAGUGAACGAGCGCACUGAUACUGUUGCGAUCGGUGUGUAUGGGAGUUUAACUCAACGUAAUUCCGUGGCCACUUGCAGUCAUGAUAGUGAUAGAGGGCAAUGGUGUGAGGAACUCUCCGCUACUAAGAAAGACAACACCUCAAAUACUGAAGCUAAAUUAGCAAAUGUGGCAGAAAAUAGUGAUGAAAGAGCAGAAUAUUCUUCCACCAUGGGUGGUAUUGAUCAUAUUGAUGAACUACACGGAGAUUCAGGUGAUUUUCUAUUCGUGGACACAGAAACACUUGUGACAAAUAAAUUAAAAUCUUCAUUUGAUGGACUGGUUAGUGCCACACAAUUAGAUACACCUACCGAAUGUCUUACUGCAACUAAGGCCAGCCAAAAAACUAACGCUAACGAACCCGAUACUAAGAACAAUGAAGAUGUCGCCUUUGAUUUGUCAACAAAAGCUGAUCAUACGAAAAGUAUUGAUUUAGAAGAAGAUCACCCGAGUCAUAAUGUUAGUGUACAUUUAGAAAUACCACAGCUACCGCAGUUGGAAAGCAAUUCCGAGGAGUUCACUUACGAUUAUGAGACAUGUCUUGAAAGCAAUGAAGAAAAGGACAGCGCCGUAUAUGCUGUGGCAGAAAGCACGCAACAAAACACUGUAGAAAAUAAUGCCAACGAAUCGCAAAAAAGUGACAACUUAGGUGGCAAUGAUUCAGGUAUAGGCAAUUCUGUAGUUGGCAGUGUUUGCGACAGUGUAGAGGUGGAAGCCAGAUCAACAAUGACGUUGAUUACUAACAACAAUCACUCCACAGUUAGCAAUUUUAUGGCAGAGGAAGCAGCGGAAAUAACAAAAAGGUCGACCGGAAAUGUUGAUCCGAAGGCGAACAUUGAAAGUGGUAAAGGCAAGGAGCAGGCAGUAUGUCUGGAGGAGGAAGAAAAAGUUAAUGAAAUAGAAAGCUGUCGUGUGGAGGAUUCCGUCAUUUUCUGUAAGCCGACGAGUGUAAACGCAUCUAGUGCUUUAGAAACUGAAGCACAAAAUCUAACGCAAAGAAAUCAUCGUAAAGAAAAUGAAAGUUUCAACCAAUCGACGGACGUAUCUUUGGAGGGUCUACUAGAGGUGUGUACUGAAAAAUUGGGUGCUGUUUCGACGGACCACAACUGCUUAGAAGCAGACCAGAAACAAGCAAUUGUAGGAGUGUCAGAUAAUGGAAAAGCAAAACAAACCGAUACAAUUCACAAUUUAUCUGUGCUGGAGAUGGAAUUGAAAAUGGAUGAUGACUGCUUGGAUUUCGAAGAUGAAAUGGAAGACGAUGCGCUAUCUCUAGCAACCUCCUAUUUUAAUUCAUCAGAUGAUGAGCGGUGUCCCGAUAUGGAUCGUGCUACUGCGCCCGACUUUAAGUCUGAUAACACGAAUGACAACAAUGAAAACAAGCAGGUGGUAAAUAACGAAAAUGAAGAAAUGGUGGACGAUAAGAGUACAGUUGUCAAGGUGGAAGCUACACACGUGUCGAGUGAUAUUUUAAAAAAGUUCAAAAUACCGAAAAUCUCAAUGAUGACCGCAACGGCGAAACACGCUAGGCCAGAAGAGAACGUGACCACAGCAGCCGCAUUACCAAUGGUCAUAGUGCCAACGACGGCCUUAAAUAAGCAGCUAAUUAAAACGGAACGGGAUGCCAUCAAAACUGUAAAUUUGGAGAAAAUCACACGCACCGUACAAAAUGUGUGCGCGGUAACGCCGUUAACGCAACAGCAACCGACUUACCAGCCUCAAACUACUGCCAGCACCACUCAAAAUGCGUUCAUUACCAUCAAACCGCUUAUAAGCGACAUAUUGCAAUUGCCGUCCUCAUCUAGUAACGAACAGGAUGUGAAAGAUUUGAAAGCAAUUGAUAAUAACAAACAAAUUGCAUGUAGGAAUGUGGAAUUUGCGGGUAAUAGUGGUGAUGGUCAGAACUCCAGUCCGCACACAAUAGUCAUUGCGAGGACUUUUGGUGUCAUGUGUUUGCCGUUCUUAGUGGACCGAUGUUUUAAGCUCGCCAACUGCGAAGUCUCGCAUAUAUUUCGCGAUUCGGAAACAGUCGGGAAUAUAUUGCUUACAUUUUCAGAGAUGGAACUAAAUGCUGCAUAUAGAUUUGCUUAUAAUCAUGAAAAGCUUUUUCGUCGUUACAUGCACGAGUUCUGUCGUGCCUACUCGGCGCGAAACAAUCGCAUAAAACUCUUGCAUAUGGCGCGUGACUGUGUGCGUUACCAUGACGGUAACAAGCUAUUGACGACCAUAUUUCAUAGUCUGGAAUAUUGCGGCCUAAAUAAAAUUAAUGCAUGCCGACAGAUCUUGAGUUACAGUCAAGAUAGAUCACAAGCAACCAUAGAUGUGCUGUUAGACAUUAUAUUGGAAGCCGAUUGGACUAUGUUUUGUGAUCACAUCGAGAAAUUCAUAGAUAUUACUGCAUACAAAUUUCGUUUAAAAGUGGUGGAUCAAAUGGCGCCCACCAUCUUGCGGGCAAACGAUCAACGAAUGACUUCGCUCUUCUUCAAAUGUCUCGUGAAUUUGGAUUCGAAUGAUGUCGGACUUGUUCAAACUUCACCCAUACUAAUGCAAUUGCUAGAGCUGAUAAAGAAUGGACAAAUAUGCCGGUAAGUGUGUUGUGGUGCUGAGUUCAUUGCUAAGCAUAUGUACUG